AUGUCUGGUCGCAAGCUAGGUGGUGGAAAGAUACUCGGGAAUAGGAAGUCUCUGGCGCCCGCACCUGUUCCUGAUUCACACCAAAAAACAUUGAGUGCAAUCUCUUCGGCUACGAAUUUAUUCUCACCACCGGACUCAAUUUCCACGGAGCAAAAUGGGUUGCAUGAUCCUGAUUGUGUCCAGGAUUUGAGCCUUGCUGUAUCGAUGGCAAAUGAAAGCUGCUCUGCAUCGCGGGUCACACAGCUGUAUUGUCCAAUUUGUAAUGAGGAAAUGAUGACAUUGCUCCAGCUUAAUCGGCAUCUAGAUGAUAAUCACCAGGAGUUACCGGAGGUCCAACAAGACGAAGUAAAAAACUGGUUUGAUAAACAAGUCGUUAAAGCCAAAUUAUUUCAACCAUUAAUUGCCAUAAAUCAGAAAUUAAAAGGACUUGACGUCUUUGAGUCAAAUGCGCCUCUAACUUCUGCAGGUUUGUCGCCAAGCUUACAAACGGAGCAUCUACGUUUAUCACCUGAACCAUCGAGAUCAGACCCCGAUGAAAUAGUGAGCAGAUCACAUUGGCAAAAACCCGGGUAUAAUAUCUAUUGUCCAGGACCAACAUGCCAGAAAAGACUAGGGUCAGUGAACGGAUCGGUAAAUUGCCGGAAAUGUGGAAAGCUGUUCUGUGAAUACCAUACAAUGUAUCAGAUGAAGCUCUCAAGAUCAGCAUCACAUGAGCCAGUCAGAGGAUUAUGGUGUAGAGUUUGUGAGAUUUGCUACAAGUCAAGAGAUGGAUAUAAUGACUACAAUGGGUUUGAAAGAGACCACUCAACGCAGUUUUUAGAGAAAAGAAGGAAAAAGGUGGAUAAGGCUAAUUUAGAAAUUUCUAGGCUUGAGAAAAGGCUCACUAAGCUCACAGAACUUUUAGUUUUAUCCCCCGAAGACUUGUCAGAAAGUAGAGGUGUUUUGUCAAUUUCGGGUCAAAAUCAUCAGCGGAAAAUGAUUGAGCAGUCAGUGGUGACUUGGGAGGAAGACUGGAAAGUUCCUAGAUGCCCCUUCUGUCUCAGACUUUUUGGAACGUGGUCAUUUAGGCGACAUCACUGUCGCUUGUGUGGUUGCGUAGUGUGUGCUGAUUCCCAGACAAAUUGCUCCUCGACUGUAAGCUUGAACCUAUUAGCUGAAAAAUAUCAAGAUAUUACUUUGGACAUACGCAUGUGCCGUAAUUGUCAUUCGACAUUAUUUCGUAAAAAAGAUUUUAAAGCUGAAGUUUUACAUAAACCACCAGAUCAGCGAGCUUAUGAAAAUAUUAUUGAGUUUGAGAAGGGUAUUCACUCACUUCUACCAACUUUUCAACGUCUUGUUAUUUCUAUCCAAGAUCCCAAGGUUGUACCAUCGCAUGCGCAGCUCAAUGAAGCUUCAAAGGUGAGAAAGCGUCUGAUGGAUUCCUUCGGAAAGUAUGAUCUGGCUGCAAAACGAAUAAGAGAUCUUCCAUCAAAUAGUCCCGUUCAACUCAAGCUCCAGCUAUCCAUCUACCAACAGUGCGCCAACUUUUUGAAUAUUCAUAUGCUUCCCCUCAAAACUCUACCCAAAAUUCUAAAGCAUGCCUCGCCACAUGAUUCAGACACGUUACGUUCCAACUUUGCUCUGGAUAAUAUUCGAAAAGAAUAUCGUGACACAUCUUCGCAAAUUUCAUCGCUCUCGGCUACAAGUGGAGUUGAGGCGGAGGAAAGACAGCUAACAGAGCAGCUAAUAAUUAUGGAGGAGCAGGGUUUCAUGCUUCGUGAAAUGUUGAUAGCCGCACGCAAAGCUCGUCGAUUCGAUGAGCUUGCCGCACUGGGUGAGAGUAUUGCCGAAAUGGAGCGGGAGUGUGAUCGCUUGCGGGGCUUAUUAGGAAAUUUGGAUUGCGGCAAUUUGUAA